CGCUGAGGGGUCCCGGUGGCCCGUCGGGGGGAUGAGGGGCGACCGAGGCGGGCGAGGCUGGGCUGUAGGCGGCUUUAUGUAGGGUGCGCCCCGUGCUACCGGCCCCGGGCGGCGGUUGUACGGGGGUUAAAGUGGGUUUUUUUGCGAAACGAUGAGGGUGCCUCUUGCCCUUGAGGUGGUAAUGGAAGAGGUGCUUGGGUUUUGUUAGCCAGCAGGCGAAGGUGCAGUGCCCUCACAUCUCUUCUGGUUACACACUUUCAGUUUCCAUCCGCACUCAUUUGUAGAAUGAGAUUGUAGGUCUUCAGACACAGGACCUGACCAGUGAUGUGCUAAGUAAUACGUAUUAUCUAAGAAAUUAUAUAUAAUCCGUCCAUAAGAGGCUGUUUGGUCAGCAGUAGGUGAAGAUAAUUUCCUUGUGUUUGUGUCUAUUACUGAGUGGACAUCACAGCAGAAGUCAUACUGAAGGUCAUUAUGAAAAGAUAGAGAAGAGAAGGGGUCCAGAGUUAGAUGGUGAAAGCUCUCUCUCUCCUUUUACUGAGAAUGGGUCCUUCUUUUGCAUAGUUCCAAGUUCGUAAAACUUGCUGUCAUUGAAGGAUCUUCUUGAGUGUGACAGAUUGUUACAUGUUUGUGUUCAAUGGGACUUCGAAUUCACUUUGUGGUUGACCCUCAGGGUUGGUGCUGCAUGGGCCUGAUUAUCUUUGUUUGGCUGUACAAUACAAUCUUCAUUCCAAAAGUCAUCCUUUUUCCUCACUAUGAAGAGGGACAUAUUUCAGCUGUGGCAAUUCUGUGUUAUUACUUGUGUUCAUUGUUUUGUAUAGCUUCAUUAGUAAGAGCCUCUGUAGCUGAUCCAGGAAAGCUACCUGAAAACCCAAAGAUUCCAAUUACAGAACGAGAAUUUUGGGAAUUAUGUAACAAAUGCAAUAUGAUGAGACCAAAGCGUUCACACCAUUGCAGUCGUUGUGGACAUUGUGUGAGGAGGAUGGAUCACCAUUGUCCAUGGAUUAAUAAUUGUGUUGGUGAAGACAAUCAUUGGCUGUUUUUACAGCUGUGCUUCUACACUCAAAUUCUUAGUUCAUAUACGCUGAUACUUGAUUUCUGCCAUUACUACUACUUUUUGCCUCUGAAAAAAGAUAACUGGGAUGUUUUUGUAUUUAGACAUGAACUUGCUCUUCUAAGAAUAUCUGCCUUCAUGGGCCUAAUAAUGUUAGGUGGAGUAAGUGGACUCUUUUACACUCAGCUAAUGGGUAUUUUCACUGACACUACGAGUAUAGAAAAAAUGUCAAACUGUUGUGAAAAUGUAUCGAGGCCCCGAAAGCCAUGGCAGCAGACCUUCUCAGAAGUUUUUGGCACUCGCUGGAAGAUCCUGUGGUUUAUUCCUUUCAGGCAGAGGCAACCACUGCGAGUUCCCUACCACUUUGCCAAUCACGUCUAAACAGAUGGAUGGUGGGCACAGAUGGGUCCUCCAUGCUGGAAGUGUGUUACAGGUUUUAUGAUAAUAGGACUAUGACAGUCUUCAAGUCAAUUAAAAGCCACCCACCAAUCAUAGACAUCACAGAGUGCCCCAGGCUUUAUUUUAAUAGUGGUCUUGAUUCUGUUCUGAAAUUAUUAGAAGUUGUAUGUUUAAGUUUAGGCAUAUUCACUUUCAAAUUAGCUUUCCAAAGGGAUUUCUGUUGUCUUUGAGGUUAAUAGCAAAAACAAAUGACUGGAAUGCAGUCUUACACUGUUUGAUAAUACUGGCUCUUUUGUUUUUUUCCUUUGGUAGGAAACACUGAAGUUUACACUGAUUGUUAGCUUUUCCACUAAGUGUCUUAUUGAUUUUUUUUUGUAAUCAAUAGAUCUUUUUAAAUAAUAUUGAGGUCUUUUUUUCUGCUACAUAUGUUAAAAAUUCACUUAUACUGCCAUUUAUUUGUGAUGCAAAGUUUUAAUCAUGCAGCACGGCACUAUAAAAUGUAACAUUUUAAACAGACAGACUUCUUCCUAAACCUUUCUCAGAAGGGUUUUUAUAAAUUCAUGUAUAUGUAUCUGUUUAUAUAGAGAGAUCUUACAAUUGUCUUUCUGCAUAAAUAUGAUCUUAGUGGAAAAUAUUUGUGUCUUAAUGUCAACAAAAGCUAUGAAAUGUCCCAGGGUAAAGUAUGCAGAUGGAAAGCACACUUUGCUCAAUAUCCCAAUGAUUUCUUUGCAAUAAUUCAAAAUAAAAUAAUAAUUAAAAAAGUUGUAUGGUGCAAAUGUGAGAAUGAUUACGUUUUAAAAAUGCAGAUAUAAUUAGCAUAAUGGACCAUAAAGAAUAGUACAUUGUCGUUAGAAUGAUACACAUUUUAUAUUUUUUAUUCUUUAGUCAUGAUUAGCUGCAAUUAGUUUAGGUGUUUGUAAAUGGGGAGCAUAUAUGAAAAUAUUUAAAAAUAUUUAUAUAUAAAUACAGAUAUUUGCUACUAAUAUGUCUGGUAAAGAUUACUAGCUGAUUUAAUAGGGUAUUAUAUUGAUAUACAAUAGCUUUUUGUGGGCCCUUUAUGUACAGAAGUAAUUAACCAAAGAAAGCAUUCUGAAGAUAACGUGGUAAAAUGACAAUGGUUCCUAAGCACCGGCUUGACUUUGCUGUAUCUGGAAAAUAUAUGUAAUUUAUUAUAGCCUUGUGUAUCUGUACAAAUACUAGCAUGGGAUAUUUGUGAUUUUUGAAAGUUCUGUGAAUUUUCACAAAAAACUCAGAGCUACAAUGUUUUAAGUUAUGCUGUUUACAGUGUUUCUUGUCUAGUCUAACAGGGCUAGGAUCCACCUUAAAUGACAGCCAAGCAAAUGGAUAAUAAAGAGGCACAAAAUCAGGGUGUACAAUAUGUAGGCUGGAUUUGGAGAAAAUUUAUAAAUGGUUCAUUCAAAAUGAAUGGCUAGCUUUUGAAUGCUGUUCAUAAUGAAUUUUUAGAUCAGCUCUUUUAAAAUUUUAAUAGAUUCACUGCCUGUGCUAGGUGUUCAUUUAUUGAAUUAACAGAUUUUGACGAUGCUUUGAAAUUGCCAAAAUUGCUCAUCUUAAAAAUCACUUGAAUUUUUUGUAAACUUCUAACAUUUGAACUAACUUCACUUUUCUUCUCUGUUAAAAAUGAAUACUAAGCAUCAUUUAAAUUUUGAGCCUAAUGUUCAGCUAUUCUUUUUUUCACUGCAUUUAUAGAUGUGAGUUUAGAAUUUAAGAUGGUAUUGGCAGCAAUAUGUAAAUGAAGGUGAGUUUCAUGAAAAGUGGAUGAAAAGGCUGGACUAGCACUUGAAAUUAACAAGAAUGUGUUUGUACAUUCUAAAGUAAUGUCUGUAUUCACUUUUUUUGGAAGGAAUUGAAUUACUGUAGUCUCUGCAAAACACAUAGAGGAGAGACUGCAAUAAUAGCAGUCAGUUUUGGUUUAUAUGCCAAUAUUUAAAAGUGUGUCAUGAGCAAAAUGUAGUGUUUUGUUUUUUUUUUAAUCAAAUUUCAAAUUUCAUAGCAGAUCAUAAUUCUUUGAUGCUUAUUAAGACAUAGGAUCAAGAAUGUAACUGUUCUUGAUAUAUUCAUUAUGGGGGCAUAUAAUUAUUCUUUCUGAUUUCUAUCAUCAUCAUCUCAGGUAAUUUAAGUAUACUUGGAGAACCAAAUCUGUAAUCCAAAAUCAGCUCAAUAGUUGGAGCCUCAAUUAUAAACAUUGUAUUUUUAAUUUUUUUUCCCUGAUAUGCAUUGAAUGUUAUCUGCUUUGCGGGGAUAAAAAUACACAAAGUCUAAAAGUGUACUUUGUUCUAGUAUUAAGAAAGAGGAAGUGCGAAACAUAAAAACCAGUCAUGAUAAGGCACAGAUUAGGGAAUAAACAUGCUCUGAUUGGACUACAGAGUGUAUAUACAAACAUCCGUGCACUCAUGCGAAUGAUUAAUAGUUAAUGAUGAAAAAUGUUUAUGCUUGGACAUUAGCAAGUAUUUGGUCUUCUGUAACAAGACUAUUUUAGGAUUGUAGUCUGUCAGGCUAGUGCUGCAAUGCAGGGUAGAGCCUUACCUCUCUUAUUCUCGAAGUGCCCUCUUUUGGUCAUAUUAUGCAACGACAGUUGAAUCGUGGCCCGGAGCAUGGACGGGCCCAGCUGUCAUUCUUCAUUAUUGCACAGGGGUAAUCUGGAGCAAUAAUUACAUGAUUUGGGCGUGUGUCUGUGCUAGUGGUCAGAUUAACGUAUCAGGACUGGACUGCAUCUUAAAUAGGCAGACAAUGUUUUGGGUCUGCCUCAAAGGUAGUGUAGCACGUGGGAUUUUUUUCUAGAAAAUUUUCAGAAUCAAUAGACUUUCCUUUCAAACAAUAUAUUAUAAAUUUAAAUUCUAAGGCACUUACUCAAAUGACCCAAAGAAGAACCUUGGAGCUUAAUAAAAUGAUGUAUAUGAAAAUCUUGCCUGAAUCUGAGAUGAAAAUGAUAAAGUCACAAAUUCACAAUUUCUCAAAUGUUUUCAUAUUCUUAGAUAUUUUUGGUAAAUAUAUUUUUUGUAGAUUUCACUCUUAACAUUAGGAACCAACAUAAAUAUUAUUUAGGCAGCUACUUUAUUUUUUAUCCUAAUUUUGAAUGUAUGGAGGAGAGAAGGGAGUGUUUGUAUACACAGUCAUUUUCAGUCUUGAGAAGGAUUCACGAGUAAGAACUUGAGAACCGAGUGGAAGGAAAGAUUUUGAACUAGGCCUCCUUCUGCUUGUCUUGAAUCUACAGUGGGUGAGUGUGAAGGGAAAAUUCGUGAAUGUGCAGUGAAAAUGAAGAUGGGACCAAAACAGGUGCUUUGAUUCUUUACCUAAAUUUACCAAGUUAAGUGAAAUUGCAAAGAGCAGGUGUUAUGCCGUUUAAGUAUCCAUGCCAUCAUUAUUCAAGUCUUUCAUUGUUCAUCAUACAGAUGUCUGGUUUUAUUAAGCAAACUAUUCUUCUAAGAAAUAAUGAAACAUGCUUUGUUUUGUGCUAUAGCAGGCCACUGUACCCCAAUGUAAGGAAUGUAGGCGAUAAAGUCAGGAUUUCAGCAGUACUGUGAAAGAGAUUUUUUUUUUUCAAGUCCACUUUGCAUACAGACAAAACAUGGUAAUAGAUGGGUUUCUGGUAACCUGAAAUUGUUAGUUAACAUAAAUCACCUUUUUAUAACAUGUCAUGUACUGUAUUUGUCCAGCCUUCCUGCCAGCAGUACAUCACUUGUAGCAGAAAGCUGCUGCCAUGCAUUUGAGGUUGCUGUCACUUGGAUGUAUUUUUUAACUUGGUGAUCUCCAACCUUUGUUUUCACCAUGCAAUUCAUUUUGCUGCUGCUCACCAAAACCAGACCAACCAACCAACCAAACAAACAAACAAAAGAAAAAAAACAGUGUAGCUUUAUUAGAACAGCUGUAUCACAAAGAUAAAGCUUAAUACUGUUGAUUGACUCUUCUCAAUUUCCCAACUGGAAAUAUCAUUGCAUUCCUUAAAAGUGUUUUCUUUGUAUGGUGGAGUCUUGAUCUUUCUGGAGAAAAAAUGUUGCUUAUUCUACAUAUAUUCCAAUCAAUAAUACUGUAUUAGUACUUCUAAACUCUUUCUAAGAUAAAAACUAUAUAUAUUUCCAUAGAAUCUGCUUCUGAAGGAUGAGUUACAUAAAAUGAUGUGGAUAUCUAUUAGUAACACCUAGUAUUUCUCAUUCAAUCCUGUAAUUCUGCAGUUGUGUUAUUUAUGUAAGAAUAAUAAAUUGAUUUUUA